AUGCUCUCCCUGCUGUUUUUGUGCUCUGCUGUCGCGGAUGCAUUGAAAUUCGACGGCGGAAUCUCGCUUUCGCAACUCAAAACGCCGGCAUUACUCGUUGACGUCGACGAGCUGCCCGGCGGCGUCGAGGCGCUGCCGCACGCACCACGCGAGCGACGAGAGGCGCUGCGAGACGCGCUAUUUGUGCAUGCGCGCGUCGUGGCCGCUGGCAAAGAGCGAGCCGGCUUCUACAAGGGCCGAGGAGCGCCGCUGGCCGAACUCGACGUCGAGCUCGCAGGCGAUGCAUAUCUCGCGACGGGCUUAAACAACAAUUGGUCCUACGACAACAGCUACUUCUGGGCGCGCACGCUCGGCUCCGGCGCGCGACGGCCGGCGCCGGGUAUUGGGUUGGACGCAAUAGGCGACCGGACGGCGGUCCGGUGGCUCCGCGACGACGAGCCUGGAGCGCCGCAGACCGGCGACGGCAAAUUCAGCGAGUGGGCGGAGUUUCUCGACGUCGGCGACGAGGUGGAUUUGGUGCCCGUCGACGUCGAUGCGUGGUUAGACCAGCACGACGCCGCCUACCUCGUGACCAGAGAAAUGCGACCACCCGGCGCGGACCCGCUCGUCCGAGCAGAGCCCUGGGUAAUCACAAGUUAAAG